AUGGCGUCCAUCGAUCCCGUCCAACAGGCUUUCGCCGACGCGAAACGUUCAUUCCGGACAAAACUCAAGGACCCAGACAUUUAUAAGCAGAUAUUGGCGACCAGCAGCAUCAAGGAUGUCUACGAUACGACUUACAAGUUACAGGAAAUGGACAACGGAAAAAGUCGGCAUUUGAUGAAGAUUAAGCCUUUCCUCGAUUGUCUCGAAAGAUAUGCUGGGGUUAUUGAUACGUUUGUCCAAGCUAAGCCAGAGAUUAUGGCUUUGAUAUGGGGUCCCCUAAAACUCCUGUUGCUGUGGUCGAGUGAAAUGACUACCGCUCGGGAUAAAUUCGCAAACACCUUGGUAGAACUAGGACACGCCCUGCCUCAUAUGGAUCUAAUAGGUAGCCUUUCCGGGGCCAACGAGGCUAUCAAGGCCGCAAUGGCUUUGCUAUUUGAAGACAUUCUGGAAUUUUACCGUAUUAGCUUUGAUUUUUUUCGCAAGCCACACUGGAAGAAAAUGAUUGAUGCUUUAUGGGACAGCCAUGUCAAAAAGUUCAACGGGGUGGUAACUAACCUCAGACAACAUUCGACCCUGUUGAGGGAGGGAGUAACACUUGCCGAUAUCAGAGAAGCCCGUGAACACCGUAUUCGGUCUCUUGAUCUUCUUGAUGAAACACACAAGUCUCAGCAGCGCCAGAAGUUUUCCAGCCUGCGGGAUCGGUUCUCCGUCGAUUCCCAUGAUGAACGGCUGGAUUGGAUUCGCAACAGGUCUGUUUCAGGCUGUGAAAAGUGGCUUUUGGAAGAUGCCGCAUUUUGUAGCUGGCAAGAUGUCUCCAGAAAGGGGAGUCAAAGCACCGCAUGGCUUUGGCUCCAGGGAAUCCCCGGUGCAGGGAAAACAUACAUAUGCGGCGCAGCUAUCGACCACUUCAGGCAACACAAGCAAAAGAAAACCUUAUUCGCAUUCCUUAAUUACACCAAAAAUACCAACCAAACAGCCCUGACCAUUCUGCAAUCGUUUAUUUUCCAAGCCGCUGAGGAUGACCCCGAUUUCCAGUCCGUUUUAAUUGAUGCAAAAGAGCGCGAACUUCGCGGAAACACUGGCUAUGUCGUGGAGUUGCUCAAGAGUUGGCUCCAGACAGUCGGACCUACCUAUAUUGUCAUCGAUGGCCUUGAUGAGAUGGAGUGCUCUGAACGGCAAAUCCUUCUGCAAAGGCUAGAGGAGCUCUCGAAAGGAUCCGAUGAGUUGCGGUUUCUCGUCUGCAGUCGAUUGGAAGCAGACAUAAGCAGAGCACUGGAAGAAAAGUCGACUAAUAUCCAGGUUAAUGAUAGGAACUCUGGCAGCAUUCAAACAUACAUCAAUAGCAGGUUCGAUGACUGGAUAAACAGUCGUAGGUUUGAUCCCAAUACCCAGCUUGAGCUGCGUGGGCUACUGUCUCCUUUAUCAGCAAAGGCAAAAGGCAUGUUUCUAUUUGCGCGUAUUAUUAUGGACAGCGUGAGGGAAAUUAGCAGCAUGGAUGAGAUUCGCGGCGAGCUCAAAGCCUUGCCGAAUGACUUAGAUGACGCGUAUAAACGAAUUUUCCAGCGAAUCAAUACGAUGCCUACUACACGCCGAGAGAAACGCCGAAAAAUCCUAGGCUGGAUCGGAUGCGCCCCUAUACCCAUGACGAUCUUCGAGAUGGAACAAGCACUAUUAAUUCAACGCGCUGAUGAUGUUUCUCGUGUCCCGACUGAGAUUUUCAGACAAGACUUUCUCGAAAUGUGUGGUCCUUUUAUUGAGAUCGUAAAUGACAAAUUGCAGUUUGUCCAUUUCACCGUCCAAGAGUACAUUUUCAGUAGUCAGAUCCCUGACUUUAUUGACGAGAGAGAAGCCACGCAAGACCUAGCCGCGGCAUUUUUAGCCUAUCUUGACGCAGGUAUACUGGAACCGGAUGUCGACGACGAUCAAAUUUCCGGUGACAUUAUGUGCGGUAGAUAUCGACUGCUGCAAUAUGCACAUUUUUAUUUACCUAUAUUGCUCCAACGUCUGAAUAGCAUGCCCCCGGUCUCAGACACGGUUGGCAAGCUGCUGGACCGCUUGGCUCGGCAUUCUAGCAAUGAUAAAUAUCAACCGAUGGUCAACAGUCGAGAGCCACAGUAUACAAAUUUUUAUUACAAAAAUCACUGGCCAACGGGAUAUGAAUGCGCUCGUCGCACGUUCCAGUUCCACAUAGCAGAGAUGCGAUGGAGCUGGAACCGGAGCAAUAGCGAAACAUGGGUAAACUUUGACCCUCUGAAUACUUCAAAAAUGCUAGUCCGUGUUCAGGACAUCUACGAAGACCUUAUACACGAUAAUGGCAUAUACAAGAUGAUGGAAACCCACUACGGCCCACGUCUAUUCAAAUGCACAUACCUGUUUUGCACGUAUAGCCGCCAGGGAUUCGAAACAAGACACGACAGAGAGACCCAUACCACACACCACGAACGGCCUAACAAAUGCCCAGUGCCGGAUUGCAUAUAUUUUACACUGGGGUUCAAUACGCAAAGGCGAUGCGACGAACACUUGGCUGAAUUCCAUGGUUCAAAGUUCAAUGUAGAUGACCUCUCUAACUUGAAUACUACAGACAUCGAGCCUCUCCUAUAUGCCCUAGUUAAUGAAGGUGAUUUCGAAAAUAUACGACGCCUGGUAGAGUCACCAGGUGGGAAAAAGCUCAGUCCAGAAGCUCUUGCUUCGGUGCGGCUCAUUGGUGCCCAACAGGGAUCACUAGCCAUAACGAAACUUCUUGCUCCGGCGGAUGAGACAAAUGUACCACUGAAAAUCGUGAAAGCAGCCAUGAGGAGCGAGGAUACCGAAUGUGCCGAGUGGGUUAUUACAAGGGCUAAUCCGGAUGAUUGUUUCGAAUUGAUGAAGACAGUGCUUGGUGUCAAAUCGGAGGAAAUCUAUGGAAUGUGGGAACAAUAUAUCGUUGACAAGAUAAAAAAGCAAAAUUCCGGUCGAAAUAUGGAUGAAGAUAUGUUCAAGGAGCGAAGCCUAGUCAGUAAGGUUUUCCGACAGCAGGUUUUCAGUGGCAUUAAGGAUAAUGCUUUGAAGGAAACCAGGUUGCAACACACUCUGGAGAAGCUCAAAGAUGACAUUGAUAAAGGCACACUGGGGGCCAUCCUGGUGCGGGUAGCCAAGUCAAGUUGCACCCUUUCCCUUGCUAAACAGCUUCUGUCGUAUGGUGCACCGAUCAAUUAUCCUUGGUGGGAAAGUUCACGAAAUCGUGCAGGAAUGACGGCGCUCCACGCAGCAGCAAAAAAGACUAAUAGAGAUGCUGCUUUGCUAAUCAAACACCUUGUGCUACAUGGGGCACAUGAACUCGAUGUGAGUAUGAGAGAUGAACCAGGUCCAAGGGGAAUGUCGCAGUUUAUUGGCCUCGAGUGGAGUGACCUUGUCGCCCUGGCACAUAUGAGCCCCCCCAAACUCAUGAUGAAAGCCGACCGAAGAGAGUAUCUACUCUAUGCAAAAAGUGCCGGCAAUGUCGCCCUGGUGGGAGUCGCCGUGCCCCUUUUUUUCAUUGCACUCCCCUUCAUAUUUGCCUAUUCAACAAUCAAGGACUCGACUAUUCAUCAAAUCAACCGCGGUAAAACCGCGGUUCAAGAGUAUAAAUGGCGACGAUUUCUACGCAAACACCAACUCCCACCCUCGCAGCCUUUGGUGAACAACAACAACAACAACAACAACAACAACAACAACACCAACAACACCAACAACACCAACAACAACAGUCUGCCUAUGAGAAACGUGGGCUUUCUUCACUUGCCUAUAGAAAUCCGACUGAAAAUUUACAGGCUUGUCCUGCCCCCCAAAUCUGUUUUUCAGCCGGGACAAAAAUUGAACGUGGAUACUAUGUAUUCCCGCUACGGUCCUCUACCCAGCCACUGGAAACCCUCGCAGUAUAUCAGAAGUGAUGAAGACCCACCAAGCACUGCUCUACAAGCCCUUUUUUCGGAUAGCAGAGCUUCUUCCUUUCGAAGAGAUGAAUUUACCCCCAUCAGAACGGGUCAACGUUGUGUACGUUCUACUGAACGUCACCCUCCUCGACUUAUACUUUCAAGCGAGGAGGAGCCGAAGCUCUUUUCUGAUCAUUAUAUCUGGGAAAGACGCCAGUAUACGAAUUUAAUGCGUACAUGUCGAUUUAUUUAUGAAGAAGUCUUGGAUCUCCUCUAUGGGAACAACACCAUCUCCUUUUUCGGUUCGGAAAGCGUGCCAUUUUUCGCGCGCAAUGCUAGUCCAGAGGGCCUAUUGCGUAUCCGAUACGCUCAUCUGGCUAUUUCUAUCCAGUCGCUAGACUGGAACAUGCCCAAAAACAAACAAUCUGUUCUCGACGCUGUCCAGUGUAUAAACACAUCGAUGGCGGCUUCGCUUCGCCAGCUGGAUAUCGAGGUUGUACUAACACACGGACAACCAUCUGAGCCGCAACGAUUUUGGGCUUGGUUGAUGGAAACCCUGAGCUGUUUACGACGGGGUGGUGGUCUCGACCGCUUUGUGCUCAAGGUAUCUGUACUUCGUCCUGAGCAUUAUUAUGAUGAGAAAGAAGAAGCUGAGCUGGAACUUGAGGAGCAUCAUCGUAGGAUCCUAGCGGGAGAAGACUAUCUGAGGAGGUUGCCGAGGAGAACACGUCUGGUCACAUGGAACGAGUCUGAGUAUGAGAUGUUGAAGAACAGGGUGACUCGGGCGCAGCUAGUAUAG